AUGCAUCGUCUCGUUCUUAGCAACCCUUUCGUGGCGCUUGUCGCACCGAUCCUUCUCGGUGUGCUGGCGCACAAGCUUCUGAGAAAGAGGAGAGCAAGUGCGCAAAGAGACGCGGAUGAUCAGCAUCCUGGUACGCCUAGUCCUCCGAUCCAGCCCAGAGGGAACGAUUUCGACGUGUUCUUGAGCUUUAGAGAUGUAGAUACUCGAACAGGUUUCACUGACUACCUCUAUUGCAGCCUCGUCGAUGUUGGAAUCCGUGUCUUCAUGGACGACAAUGAGCCCCGCUUGGGCGAGAGAUUGAGCGAAGAGCUUAUGCAAGCCAUUAGUAACAGCAAUAUUUUGAUCCCGAUUAUCUCUGAGAAUUAUGCUUCUGACAAAUGGUGCCUUCAAGAACUGGUUUGCAUGAUGGAGUGCCUAAAACAACGGGGACACAGAGUGUGUCCCAUAUUCUACAAAGUGAAAGUUGCGGAGGUGCGAUAUCAACAAGGUCGUUUUGAAGAGGCAUUUCGUAAUUACAAGCGGAGGCGUUUUGACCCAGAGGUUGUGGCCAAAUGGAAGAAAGCGCUUGCAGAAGUCUCUUGCUUGAAGGGAUGGGAAUCAGAGAAAGUUGCAGAUGGGUAA